AUGGCUGACGAAAGGCCGACUUUGGAGUCAACAAACAGGCUUCUUCACGACUUGGAACGGAAGCUAUCGCUAGGGCUGGAGGCGUCUGACCAGACUCACCAGUCACACACGUCGCUGGUUAUCGUGGACCAUAACGUUUCGGGACUUGCAAGACAGAGUAUCCAGCUGAGCGUGCUUCUGUAUAUCAAAAACAACGAUAGUGACUUUGACGCUGAUCUGGUGUUUGCAGACCGCCAGCAACGGCACGUUACACAGUUUGCACGGGAGUAUUCGCCUAGCACGGCGGCGCAGACGAUAGAGAAGGACGACGUGGCGAAGGACGUAGACGAGGCGCUUUUUAACGGGUCGUUUGACAGUCUAGAUCGCAGUCUAGAGGAACACGACGAUUACGACGACUACGACGAUUUUGGAGACGACGACGACGGCGUGGAAGUGGACGAAGACGACGACGACGAUAUGCUACUACCGCCUCUGCCUCCUAGGCUGCCGCCAAGGGAAAUGGAUCCAGAUAAGCUAUAUGGGCUCUACGACUUCCUGGGGCCUGAUCCACUGCAUUGCACGCUUUCUAGGGACGAGCCGGUGUACUUGGUGAACGAUCUGGAUAAUUACUGGUGGCUCAUAAAGAAAAUGACGAAAAAGGAACGCUUGGACCUUGGCUUGAAGCGCCAGGAGCUUUUCCCUGUUUAUUCAGAUGAAGAGGAUGGGAAAAUCGGGUUCGUGCCUGCUGAGUGCUUGGAAACGUACGGUGAACGCUUGGCUCGUCUUAAUUGCUUCAAGAAUGAAGAGUUGGAGAAGACCAGCAGAGAUACGCUUCCGUUGGAGGCGGAAGAAGCUCCAGAGGAGCCUCUCCAGGCAAAAGAAUCCAUUGAGUCGCUUCACGAAGGCUCUACCGAUAGCAUACAACGCUCUGCUACGUCUGUAGUGAGCGAGCAAGAACAGCCGUUUACCUUGGGAAGGACCGGUUCCAUCCUUAAGAAGAGCGGCAGCUUGCGCCAGUCUAACAAGUCCGUCACUUUCGAAACCUCGGUUCUUUGA